AUCCAUAUUUUAAGAGUAUUAAAGAAAAAUUAAAGACAGAUGGAAUUAUUCUCAAAAAUGAAUUAAAAAAAUUGCUGCAUUUGUGUCAGACUUCAUCUGAUGUGGAACUAGCCAGAAAAGUUAUUUACAGGUACCAUGAACAGAAUGGAAUCACAGCCUUACAUAAUUUUAAAUUUGGCCCCCUCUUUAUGAGGUUAUGUUACGAGCUGGAUCUUGAAAGACCUGCAGUGGAACUUAUCAAAGACCAGAACUUGCAUGGUUUUUUCUCAGAAAGUACAUCAUUCCAUAUUUUGAUGACUAUGUUGUUUAAAAAGGGUCAUUUUGAAAGUGCUUUGGAAGUUCUGGUAGAAAUGAAAAAACAAGGUAUACCUUUCAACAGAGAAACCUAUUUACUUGCAUUUGCAAUAUGCUACAAACUGGACAACCUGGAGUCUUGCAAAAUCUCUGCAAAACUGCUUGAAGAAGCACAGCUUAAAGGUGACACAUUACCACUGCGAGCAUUCUGCUUUGCCAUGGCAACUGCUUUGAAGCAGAAUGAUGUAGCACAAGCCAAAUUUUAUUGUUCCCAGAUAAUGAAAGCAAAGAACAAACUAUACGAUAAUCUUAAAGUUCUUGUCCAGCUCAGAUCUGGUUUGCUAGAAGAAGUAAUAAAAACAUUAGAGGCAGCAGUGGAAGUAGAUACUCCUCCCUUUGUGAAAAAGGUCGAGUUUUCUGAGCAGGUGCUGGCUACAGUCAGGGAAAAGAUGGAAGAGAACCCUGACCUCUCUGCCAAAUUAGGAUGUAUUUAUACAAAACUACAGGCUUCAGGACGGAUAACCAUGUGCACGCUGGAAGACAUGCUUUUCCAGAUUCCUAAUUCAAAGAAGACCCCUGCAAAGGUUUUACAUCAGAAGCAAUUUGGCUGUCAGACUGCUAAACUUACCCUUCAGUCAAGUCUAUUGUUGGAGUAGUUCAAUAUUUGAUGACAGACUGAGCUGCUGUUAGCAUCUCUUAGAAACCAGGUUCAAAUAAAAUGUCAUCUCCCCUCCUC